UGUGGUAACAGAUUUCUUCUUGACUGUGUGGAUACUGAGAGUGAAGCACUAAGGUGGAAUCUGGCAUGGAGGAGAUCCCAGUUAAAGUUGCAGUCCGAGUCAGACCUCUACUUUCCAAAGAAAUACUUCAUAACCACCAAGUGUGUGUCAGAUUAGUCCCAAAUGCUAAACAAGUUAUCAUUGGAAAGGACCAUGUCUUCACUUUUGAUUUUGUAUUUGGCAAAAACUCAACCCAAGGAGAAGUUUAUGCUGUUUGCAUUAAGCCUCUUCUAGUGUCUCUGAUUGAAGGAUACAAUGCUACAGUGUUUGCAUAUGGACAGACUGGUUCUGGGAAGACUUACACCAUCGGUGGUGACCACAUUGCAUCAGUUGCUGUGGAUGAAAGGGGCAUAAUCCCACGGGCUAUUCAGGAAUUAUUUAAUCGUAUUUCUGAACAUCAUAAUAUUAACUUCCGUGUGAAGGUAUCCUAUAUAGAGGUUUACAAGGAAGAACUUCGAGAUUUGUUGGAUUUGGAGACCUCCGUGAAAGAUCUGCAUAUUCGAGAAGAUGAGAAGGGAAAUACAGUGAUUGUUGGUGCUAAGGAAUUCCAAGUAGAAUGUGCAGAUGAAGUGAUAAGCCUGCUGGAAAGUGGCAAUGCAGCUCGUCACACAGGCACAACACAGAUGAGUGAGCACUCUAGUCGAUCUCAUGCCAUUUUUACCAUCAGUAUUCAUCAGAAGCAGUCCGCAGAGUAUCAGAAUGCUGCACAGGAUCCGAUCACUUCAAAGUUUCAUUUUGUGGAUUUGGCAGGAUCAGAAAGGGUAGCAAAGACUGGAAAUACUGGUGAACGCUUCAAAGAAUCAGUUCAGAUCAAUAGUGGUCUCUUGGCCUUGGGAAAUGUCAUCAGUGCCCUUGGAGACCCAAAAAGGAAAAGUGUGCAUAUUCCAUACAGGGAUGCUAAAAUCACUCGUAUUCUGAAAGAUUCCCUUGGAGGAAAUGCCAAGACUGUUAUGAUAACGUGUAUAAGUCCAUCCUCAAUGGACUUUGAUGAAUCUUUAAAUUCCCUCAAAUAUGCCAACAGAGCAAAAAACAUUAGAAAUAAACCAGUAGUAAAUUACAACCCAGAAAAAGAGCGAAUGGAUGAAAUGGAACUUGAAAUCAGAUUGCUUCGGGAAGCCUUGCAGAGCCAGCAGGACAAUAAUCAGCAUUUACAUGACUUAAAUGAAGAAAAAGCCCGUAUCAGUUCACUUGAGGAGCAGCUCACUCGCCUUCAGUUUCAAUAUUUCAGUUACAGAAAUUGUGUAGAUGAAGCCUUACCUUUUCUGGUUGAUUUGAAUGAUGAUGUUAGCUUAAGAAGAAGUCAGCGGGACAGGUUGCAGAGCUGGAUCACUAUGGUACAGAAAGUAAGGAAGGAAGCUGUCAACAUCCAGGAGACUGACACAGGGACUGAGACCAGCCCAGUACCACAUCACAUUACAAUUCUUCAGCUGAAGAGGGAACUAAAGAAAUGCCAGCAGGUACUAGUCAUGGAUGAAGAACUGUUUAGCCAAAAGAAUAAUGAAAUGCAGAUACUGCAGAAUCAGAUAAAGACAUUACUACAAGAAAAGAAAGAACAACAGGAAUUUUUAAAGGAGGCUCAAGAAACACAAAGAUUGCAGACUGAGAAAAUGGUGGAACAGCACAUAGUCAUUGAUCAGCUAAAAUUGAAAUUAGAGAAGUUUACAGAUGUGAAAGCUUUAGAUUUCCCAAGUGCUUAUGAAGAUGGACCAGCUGUCAUGGCAUUUGCUAGGAGGCUCUACAGUGUCCCAGUCACAAAAUACCUGCUACGCCCCCUUCAACUGCCGUCAGAGACAGAGAUCCAAAAGGGGUAUACCAGCCCCCCCAUCUUGUCUCUGGCCCAGAUAAUGGCAGAAUUCCAUAUUCGCAGGCAAAUUAUACUGAGCAAGUUAGAAGAUCAAGACAAAGUCCUUCACUGCCACCUCUCUGAUCAGAGUGAUGAAGAGGAAGACAAUACAGGCAGCGAACAGAAAACCUCAUAUAAGUGUUCUAUAAACCAAACAUGGACACAAAAUCAUUCUUCUCCAUGCUUCCUUCCUGAUGUAAGUGACAUGAAACAUCGAGGAGACAAGUCUGGUUUGUCCAAUAAAUCUGCGCUACAAACCGGCACAACUACAGGUGAAGAGAUUGACAGCCUCCAGAAAUCCCAUGUUUUUAACAUGCAGAAGUUAAAGAAUUCAGAGUUGAGACUUGCUAUGACUGAGCAAAAAAUAAGAGAACUUGCACUUAAUAUCAAAAGGAAAGAGGAACUUAUUAAGGAGUUAGUAAGAACAGGUAAGGAUGCUCAGUCUGUAAGCAGGCAGUAUUCUUUGAAGAUAAGUAAACUGGAGCAAGAAAUUGAGCAGGCCAAAAGAGAACUGGCUGAAACGCAGAAGCAGCUUCAGGAGCUGGACAGUAAAGAGCUGAGAGAUAUUCCUGAGAAAGUCAUGUUACAGAAGGAGUGCCAGAAGAAGAUGGAGGCAGCUAAGUUGAAAGUGCAGGCUUUACAGAAGAAGCAGCAAGACACCAAGAAUUUGGCUUCAUUAUCUAACCAAAGGGAGAGAGAAGCAAGAGAACUUGAGCAGAAAGUGGCUCAGAUGAAGCAUCAGCAAUCCCAGAUACAGAAGAGACUGUGUGAGGAGAGUGAAAAGAAGAAGCAACUGGAAGCAGAGCUUCAUCAGGACCAGCAACAAAUUAAAGAACUUCAACUUAAGAUGGAGCAACAACAGAAGAUCCUUAAAAUUAAGGAUAAAGAAACUGCUGCUUUUAAAAAGAAGAAAAAUAAUUCAGUGGGAACUCCACAGAAACUACAGAAAUUAGAAGAGCAGAAGAAGUGGCUGGAUGAAGAAAUGGAAAGAAUUCUUCAACAGCACCAACAGUUAGCAGAGCUAGAAGAAGAUUUAAAGAAAAGAGAAGCCAUUGUAGCAAAAAAAGAAGCAUUAUUGCAGGAGAAAAGCUACCUGGAAAUCAAGAAACUGAGAUCUAGCCAGGCUUUGAACAAAGAUAGUAUGAAAUUGUCUACCUGCUUAAGUAUGCUGGAUCAGGAGCUGUGUGAUAAAAGUAUGCAGCUUCAGGGCAGCACCACUGACAAGUCAGACAUUUUGGAAAAAAUUCAGGCUCUCCAAAUGGAAAGGGAUCAACUGCUCAGAAGGAGAAAUAGUAUGGAUGAGAAACUGAAAGAUGGUAAAGUGUUGUCAACUGAAGAAGAACAUAUUCUUUUCCAGAUAGAAGAAGGAAUUGAAGCCCUUGUAGCUGCAAUUGAUUACAAGAAUGAAAGUAUUCAUAAUCGCCAGCACUUACUUAGGUCAUCUUCUCAGAGUCUUUCACAGAGCAAGCAUAAUGUAAUAGGGAAACUAGUUUCCCUGUCUGCUGCUGAGCUCAGAGCUAUCAUCAUCAGUUAUUUCAACAAGAUUGUUGGCCUGCGUGAGUCUGAACGAAAAUUACAAGUGCAGAUUGAAGAACAGGAAAUGAAGUCCAUACACCAGAAAAACAUGAUGCGUGAAUUAGAAUCUGCACUUGAAUACAUCAAGUUGCAGUGUGACAGGCAGCUGACUCACCAGCGCCAAGAACAUGAGAAAAAAAUACAGUUUAUAUUGAAUAAUUUCAAAGAACAAAGUAGUGAAGGUAUUGCAGAAACCCUGAAAGGGUAUGAAGUAAAAAUCCAGCAACUGGAAAAAGAUUUAUUUUUCUAUAAGAAAACCAGCAGAGAGCUGAAGAGGAAAUUGAAGGGUCUUCUUGGAGAGUCAUCUGAAUAAUUAUUGUCAUCCAGUAAAUAAUCCAGAUGUACAACAAAGCUAUUCAUAUGGAGGAGAAAAGAAGGUUCACUUUCAGCACUGUUUUCUGUUGUCUCAUACCUCUCAAUGCCACCACAAUAUCUCACAUACACAAUAUAGCCUUCUUGGCCUGUGGGUGUUUCUUUUCAAGGCUCAGCAAGACUGGUUCUUCCUCCCAAUGGAUGCUUCUGUUUCUUUCCACUCAGUGCCAUGCCUUCAUACAGAGAGAUGCUGAUCACACAUCUCUACUCCCAGAGUGAAUUAGGGCUCAGCCCUUUCCCUCGAGGCAAGAUAAUGAGCCUACACAUUCAUUACUAUGAAGUACACUAUCAAACUUUGAAAAUGAAUAUUCUAGAGACUGGAUAAUAAAUGAGCAUGGGAAAGACUAUUCUCUGUCUAGUAUACACACAAGCAUGUAGUUUAGGAUAUGUGUCUAUGUGGGCAAACACUUAUCCUUGACAAAUUGUAGCAGUGGGAAGAAGGGAGAAGACCCCUGUGAAUUUCCAACUUUUUCCAGUGCAUAUAUUUGCAAGUUUUGUAAGAGAUACUCUGCAUUUAGUUAUUCUUCUUUUUAGUACAUUAUGAAACAUGUUGCUAUACAAUGCAAUAAAACCAUAAUUUGUUACUGGGCUUUACAAAUAAUAAAAUCCUGUUUGUAUAUUGCAGUCAAAUUUGUUGAAUGUCUUUUGCGUGUUGUACUAAUGUAGUUGCUGAUUGUUUUUCAAUAUAUUAAUAAUUUCAUAUUUGUCAUAGUUCAGUUGUUUUUAGACUGCUUACUAGGACACAUGACAAGUUAGAAUGGUGAGCCGUGUAUUAACAGCACCUUCUCAGAUGACAGUAAUGGCAAGUACCUCCUAUGUUUUUGUAGAUGGUGAACUUUUUGAAUAUAAAGGGCAAAAUGUGAGGUGCUGAUAACUUUUUAUGAUGUUCAUGCUGCGAGCUGCUGAUGCUAUAAAACCAUGUGCCUACCCAUGUCAGGCGCUCAGUGAAGUUGUAACUUUCAGGUAUUUAUCUGCUGAUCAUUUCAUUUUAGUUAACAGUACUGGGUGUUGUUAUCCAGUCAAGAGGAAGCAGAAGUUGAUUCUGAUGAAUUCAAGUGAAAACAGCUGUUAACAAAGUUAAUGUCUUUACUAACUACAAGUAAAAGUAAUUUUUGAAGUAUCAGAAAACUCCCACUCUGUCAGUCUGGUCAGUGUACUUUAAGCAAUGAAUAUAAAUAGUAAUAAAAUAAUUUUAAAUAAUGCUAUACUGCUUUACUGGAUUUUGUUACAGUGCCAAUUCCUUACAGUGGAAAUUUUUGGGUUUUGCUUUAGAUACUAUCUAGACAAUGGCAACACAGACUGAAAAUAGGGAGAGAAGGCAAUUUUCCUUAGCCACUGUGGUGAAUAGCAGUACUGUGUAAUUAUUAACAAACCUUUUCUUCCUGAUGGUGAAUCAGAUUUCCAAUUUCAGUUAUGUGUAGCAGGAGAAAAUACAGAAAAGUGCAGGUCUGUAUUCUUGUUAUACUGCAGCUUUGAAGGAACUUCUCUUAAACCUGAGAAAAUACUGAUUUUUUUUAACUACUUCAGUAUUGGACUUAAUGUACAGAAAUAUUCCCAAAAAUAUGCAGCUCUUAAAUGCAAGAAAAUCUGCAUAGAAUGUAAGAAAACAAAUAGGUUGGAAGUAGGUUUUGGAUAACAAUACACUUUGGAUGCCCCAUUCAUGGAAGUGUUCAAGGUCAAGUUGAAGGCUUUGAGCACCUUGACCUAGUGAAAGAUGUUCCUCCCCUUGGCGGUCGGACUGCCAAGACAGUACAUAACAGACUGAGAUGUUGAAAGGUCCCUUCUGACCCAAAGCAUUCUGUGAUUCUAAAAUUUUAUGGUCUGUAUCUUCUUUAUACCUACAUGACUUUCAGCUGGAAAAUGCAGAUUGCAACAUGUGCAACUACCACAGGAAAAGCUCUUCCCUGCCUGUUAACUGUUAAGGAAAGUGCCAUUCUCCAGAGC